CAUCCACCUCCUACUCCAAGCCCUUGUACGUCUUGGAGCCGCGAAACCCGUCUUCUUCAUGGGCCGCCCUAGUCCAGUAUGGACUGUGCUCCGUCGUGGUGAACAAUUAAGUGGCAUACUUCCGGUUCCCGUGCGUCUCCAGUCUUGAUCGGGCGCCCUUGGCCCCGGUAGGCAUCCCCAGCUGCGUGCUGCACGGAAGUUUUUUCCUGUCCCUGUUUCGAGGGCAACUCCUGGUCAAGGAGGUAUUAUCUUAGGGUCCAAUUCAAGCCUGACAGCGGGCUAGUAGAUCGUCAUGCUUGAUUUAAGUAACGAGGUCCCCCUCUAGGGCCAGACCUUGGUUGUUUCUUUUCACUCCUCUUCAGACGACUUGUCCUGUGUAUACGUUCUUUUCUUUCCAUCGUCUCGGUGUGAUUCUACGUCCUUGUUCAUUCUCUUAAUUACGAGCAGGCCCUCGCCUUUUGAAGCAUUCUAUCGCCAGGUUCAUUACGGUCAUUCAGGAAUACCAAUACUCAAUAUAUAACGACCUCCCGUAAAAAGGAACAUUAACGUUUAAUUCCCCAAUCUUCAAAAACCGUCAACAUGAAGUACGCUACAGCUCUUUCGAUUGCCGUUGCGCCUCUGGCCAUCGCUAAAGCCGUUAACAACGUCUACCCCCAAAAGAGGACCAGCCACAAGCAGCAACUAGAAGAACUCGCUGGUCUUGGAGGCAUUGGUGAGACAAUCAACCUAGUACACGGCGUUUCGUUAGGACAGGCGACUCAGAUUAUCGUGAUCUGGGCGAACCCUGGAAACGACGCUAAGACGACGACGCUGCACGAACAAGUCACUGUAACUCAGACAGUCACUGCUGGCGCGGUAGCAACAGCGAUUGGAACUGAUACCCUUGCUGCCGGAGCUACUACCACAGCAGCUGCUGGUGCGAUAGCAACCCACACAGUCCAAGUCGGUGGCUCUGCCGGCUUAGUCUUCGUUCCCGACCAAGUAAAGGCCAACGUCGGUGACAUGGUUAUCUUCGAGUUCAUGAGCAUGAACCACACCGCUACCCAGUCCACUUUCGCCGAGCCCUGCAAGGCCAUGGAGGGCGGUAUGGACUCUGGCUUCCAAGCCAACCCCAACAACACCGUCAGCCCCCCUCCCAAGGUUGCCAUGCAAGUCAUGACGACCGACCCUCUAUGGUUCUAUUGCAAGCAGAAGGGCCACUGUGGCAAGGGUAUGACUUUCUCGAUCAACCCUACCGCCGAGAAGUCCCAAGCCAUAUUCCAGGCCGCGGCUAUCCAGCAGAACGGUACAGGAGCCGGCAGCGCCAUCACUGGAAACGCUACCGAGACUGCUGUUGCCGCCCCCGCCGCCAGCUCUACAGAGGCUGCUGCCGCCCCAUCAGGCAUCAUUCAGGGCACUGGCGCCAUCGAGAACGGUGCCUGCGUCUGCGCCGUCCAAUGCAGCACUGGCAGCUUCCCCGUGAACGCUGCCCAAGGUAUCGGUGCCUUCGGUGGUUUCGCAGGAGGUAUACCCGCGAGCAUGAUGGAGACUGUUUAAGUAGUGGGGAUGGCGUCUGGGAAUUACGACUGAUGCCGCGGCUGUUGCUAGCGCGGAUCUGAGAUGUUCUGUAUAUCUUGGGGGUUUUAUCUGAAUGACUAGACUUCUUUUUUUUAUUGCCUGGCAUAGGGAUUCUUUGUUUUAAACAUAUGACUGGAUCGUAUAUUAUAGGUGCACUUAAUAGGUCAUCAGAUCAAGUAAAAAUACCAAUACUUAAUCCAAUACAAUAAUGUGACCGCCUGUUCAAUGUGGAAGAUUAUUCUUAAGUGAACCAAGUAUAUAGCAGACAGAUGUCCGGAAACAGUCACAUCAAGGGAACACUACGGAUUAAUGAUAAUCGCAUUCAUCAAGGAACGAGAUUGAGAAAGUCUAGACGCCGCUAUGCACCUAGAACCCCGUCUGGUCGGAAAAAAAAAUUCGCCCUAUAUCAUAUCGCAAAACAUGUCCCUCUUAUACCUAAGGUAUGUAAAUACGCCAUUCGCUAUGCUGGAAGUCCAUUUACUUUCCGCCAGCAGCAGCGGCUGCCCUCUUCGCGUCGGCAGCAGCUUGCUUCUUGCGCAUCAUCUCGGCGACAGCUUCUUUGUCGCGUUGCAUCUCAGUACCGCUCUUCGCGUUCUUUGAUUUCUG